CCAAUAAUUAUAAUUGGGGUCUAAAUCUAAUUAUUGUUAUUCCAAUUUCCCGAACACAAAACUUUCAGACAUGUUUGGUCUUAAACUGGUUCAUCUCCCUUAAUCUCUGUAAAUAUCUCUGCCAAUCGGCGACGGACUCGAAUCAAACCUAAUCUUCUGAAACAAGUUUUCUUAGCUUUUAGUUUUGGACAAAGAUCUUGGGAAUAGCUAUGUCUACACAUGAUUCAUCAUCAAGAGAAGCCCUUGAGAUAGAAUUUGGUUUACUGCAAGUGGAUUAUGAUUUACAAGCUGAGCUGCUGGAUAGGGUCAAAUCAGCUGCAACCAGCUUACACUAUUUGAGGUCAAAAGCUACCAUCUUGGCUGAAGAGGUAGAGCUAGAAGAUGAUGGUUCAGUUUCUGAAGUGGACAAGGACAUCAUCAGUCUUCUGACUUUUACUAGAACUAGCAAGAACCAAGACUCCUUGGUUGUUACAGAGGAUGGAGCUAUGCUCCAGUCCAUACAGAUGAUUGCUGAUGUGCUGGAGUCUCUUCUGAGGAGAGUCACCGCAGCAGAAUCUGAAGCCUCGUUUCAAAAGGAGAGGGUGAUUAUCGGCGAGGAAGAGAUUAGAAGGAAGACGAUUCAAAUCGAGAAUAUGUCAUUGAGGUUAGAAGAGAUGAAACAGAUUGUACAUGAGAAUAAAGAUGUUCUCGAUGAAACAGUGGAGAUAAUUAAGAAACUGGUUGAAGAUAGUAGGAAGGAUAGAGAGAAAGCUGUUGAGAAUGAAGAGGAGCUCCGUCGUGUGAAGACAGAGUUUGAGUCGCUUAGAAAUUAUGUUAAUACUUCCACCAAUGUUGUGGAAACACUUCUUUCAUCGGAGAGGCAGUUCCAAACUAUCGAAGCACGGCUGGUUGCUAAGUCUGCACAGCUGGAAGGCGAGAAGGCGCAGAAAGAGGUAGAAGUUCAAAAGCUGAUGGAGGAGAACGUGAAGCUAACCGCUCUUCUUGACAAUAAAGAAGCGCAGCUUCAAGCCUUGAAUGAACAAUGCAAAGUCAUGGCUUUGAAUGCUUCAAACUUCUGAUUCUGCAUAUUUCAAAGCCGUACUUAAUUUGGUAUGGCCUAUGGGAUUCUUAUGUUGUUCAGAUUUGACAUUCUGGUAACUCUGUACAAUCAUGGCUUUGAAUAAGCAAGCAAAGUUGAUCCGUUGGCUACUCAUUUGUUAAUAGUUUAUGCUUCUUUGUUGGUAUUGUCUCUGGACAUGCAUCAAUUGCUCUAUGAUAUAACGAAGUUUAGUCU